UCGCCCUGUCUGUUAGAGGAGAGUCAGCCUGUCCUCUCCGCUCCUCUCUGUGUUUCUGUCCACUGUCCGAGUGAGAAGAUGCGGGCGGCGGGGCUCCAGCUGGCCGCAGUGCUGGUUCUGAUUGCCGCAGUGUCCGGCGGCUCGCAGGCGGAGGUGAUCGAUGACAUCCUGGGCAGCCUCUCCCGGGCAGCAUCCUUCCUGGAGCGGCAACACGAGCACAUCAACCUGGACGGGGUGCUCGGGUACUUCAUGAUGCAGGCUGAACUGAAGGAAGCGAUUCGGACGUGGCCUCACAGUGACCCGGUCAGCUGGGCUCAGAGAACGACCGCUGUCGCUCUCGCCAAACGUCUCGAUCAAAGCUUGGAGAAGGCCGUCACUGCCGUGCAGCAGAACGACCCCAAAUACUACAGAGAGUUUGAGCCGGUGCUGUCGUGGAGUUUCUAUGUGAUUCCUCAGACGUGGCGCGCCACAGAUCCCAGCCUGGUGUAUUCCUCCACCAUGACCAACGAGUGCUACGACGAGCAGCUCGGCGACAAAUGUCUGACCCUGCUGCUGGGAACCUGGAAGAUGAACGGGACGCCGUGCAUCGUCACCAAACCCUGCCGGGACACCAUGACUCGCUUCGGUUGUCCUCACUACUCUCUGUCCCACCAGCUGCUCUACUUCAUGAUCGGCAAAAUGAAAGGCUGCACCAACCUGCUGAAAGGAGACACCCGAGCGUCCCGAGCCAACAUGACCGAACACAGCUACAAGAAGAUCUUCUGCUCCAACAUGAUGAAGGCCAACCAGGACCUCAUCAGAGACGGCCUGACCGAGCAGAUGGCCGACAUCUUCAUGGAAAACAUCCUGAUGUGUGGAAUGGCCGGUUUCUCCGACUUCUACAAAGCUGACUGGCUGCAGCAAAUCCUCCGGCGGCAGGACGAGGAAGUGGGCUGCUUUGGGAGAGACAAGAGCAUCAUCUCUCAGAUCAUCGGAGACGAGCUGCUGGAAGAGCUGCAGCCUCACAGGAGAGUGAAGAGGAGGGAGAAAAUACUUCCAGACGGCUGUUCCAGUCACACGACGGGUGUGGCUGUCGGCGCUGUGGGAGGAUACCUGAACUACUACCUGACGGAACAGGACAUAACGAAGAGGCCACUCUCCUGAACCACCCCUCCAACCUCCACCCUCACACGUGUUCACGCUGUAACAACCUUGUAUAUCUUCAGGUAGAGCUGCUCUUCACCGCUGAAGACUGACUUCUGACGCAAUAUAAUGUUUAAUGAACAUAGUCCUGUGAUGACAGUGCUGGAGAUGUGGCUGGAUAAUCUACGAUUAUUAUGAUAAAAAUGUGUUUGUUUAUUCUACAUGUGCUGAGUCUGACCUACAGCAGAUGCCAUUUGACGGUAGUGAUGCUCCAAUCUCUCAGGAAAUGCUAAAAAUGUGCACAAAGAGUUUUAGUAGUUUAAAAGAAAAAGGUGAAGUUUAAGGGUAAAUCUUUCUAGCUACUGUCAUUCAAUUACAUCUGUCUGUAUGAUCCAUCUGCGGUGCCUAAUGUCACCUGUUCGAUGUGUAAAGUGUUUUAUCCACAAUGUAAAAUUGGCUUUUACUUUGAAAAUAACCAGCUAGUUGUUCUGAGAGAUCUAGGACGUAUUUGGCAACUGUGACUGUUUUUGAAUAUGACUUUUUGACUUUUUUCGCCUUUGUGACAGUAUUUGCUUCACCUGAUCACAGAACGUGUCGUGUCAACCGGCAUUUAUAUAAAAACCUGAGAAACUUCCAUUAUAAGUAUUAUAGUAGUCGGCUAUAUUUGCAGUUUAAUUUAAAAGUGUAAUGUAAACGGCUUGAACAACACUGUUGACUUCAAAAAGCAGUUUCUGUGUUAGUUCCUUCCUGCAGGAUCUGUCUGUAAAAAUGCCUUAAAGCAGGAAAUCAUCAGCCAUUAGAAGCCUGAUUGGAGCAUCCCUAUUUAAAAGGCAGAGACAUAUUUUAUGUAGCUUUAAAGAAAAAUGCCUGCAUACUUUUGUUUUCAAAAAUAACACUCUUUAUUUUCUUUAAAUUAUGUUUUUUCUGUCACAAACAUUUUGUCUUCUGAAUAUAAAACGGGGCAGAAGGCAGCUGUACAACCAGCACUGACCAAAGAGGAAAUAUGCACGAACAUGAACGCAUGUAGAUGAACUUACAUACAAAAAGCUCUCAUGUAUUUUAUGUUAACAGAAUAAACAACCAAUAUAACAAA